CGUGUUUACUUCUACUUUGACGUCACUCUUUUAAACAAGUGAGUGAGGGAGCUCAGAGCCAUGACGAUCGAAACACACACAAACACACAUUCACACACACACAAACACACACGUUCACACACACUCACUCGGGUCGACCUGCCACUACCAUAAUACGUUAAUUUGAGGAAAUCAAUGUUUCUUCCUUGACGAUGGAAACCACAGUGUGUGUAUCAUCUGGUGCCUCUCCCUUGUGAACACACACAAGGACACGAUUCUUCCGAGACUAUUUUUAUACAACAAACCCAGGUGUUUUUAAAAUGAUGUCAGGGAUGUCGGAGGUAAAGAAGAAGUGGGCAGCAGUUCGGGGUCGCCUAGGCUCAUCGCAGGACUCAGACACCCAACAGGAAGCCAACUUGGAAAAUGCUGAUCCCGAGCUCUGUAUCAGACUACUCCAGGUUCCCACUGUGGUCAACUAUUCCGGCCUGAAGCGGCGCCUGGACGGCAGCGACCGGACAUGGAUGGUCCAAUUCCUGGAGCUGAGUGGGCUGGAUCUCCUUUUGGAGGCCCUGGACCGACUUUCGGGGCGAGGUUGCUCCCGUAUAUCAGAUGCCCUCCUUCAGCUCACAUGCGUCAACUGCGUCCGUGCUGUCAUGAACUCUUCAGCCGGGAUCCACUUCAUCAUUGAGAAUGAGGGAUACAUCCGGAAGCUCUCCCAAGCAUUGGACACCUCCAACACGAUGGUGAAGAAGCAGGUGUUUGAGCUACUUGCAGCCCUCAGCAUGUUCUCAGCAGAUGGUCAUCACCUUGCUCUGGAUGCUCUGGACCACUACAAGGGUGUGAAGACGCAUCAUUAUCGCUUCAGCGUGAUCAUGAACGAGCUUCAGGCCACUGACAACGUUCCUUACAUGGUCACGCUCCUCAGUGUCAUCAACGCCCUCAUUUUCGGCUCCGACGACCUGAGGCAGAGAGAUAAGAUGAGAAAGGAGUUUAUCGGGCUUCAGGUUCUUGAUAUUCUACCAAAAUUAAGGGAGCAGGAGGAUGAAGACUUGAUUAUUCAAUGUGAAGCUUUUGAAGAGGCAAUGGCUGAAGAUGAGGAGGAGCUCUUGCGACUGUAUGGCGGGAUUGAUAUGAGUAAUCACCUGGAGGUCUUCACAACUCUCUUCAACAAGGUGAGCAGCUCCCCCGCUUCACUGCAGCUGCUGUCCAUCCUCCAGACGCUGCUCCUGCUGGGGCCAAGCCGCUCGGAUAUCUGGCUGGCUCUCGAGGCCAUCACUAACCGAGCCAUACUGUUGGCCCAGGACUCUCAGAUAGGGUCAUUUGAGAAGAUCAUGGAACGUCUGGUGUUUUCCAAGAGCAAGUCAUCUGAGGGCGAUCAAGAAUUGGAUGGCCAGCUUGCCAGAGUGGACAAGGCUUCGCAGACUAGUCAGAAAGAGCAAAACCAGCUGGAGAAAUGCUCAGCAUCACCUCAGAAGCCACUCUUUGCCUCUCCCCCUCCACCACCACCGCCACCGCCACUUCCUCCCAAUAUGACAGGGCCCCAAGGUUCUGUUCAGUGCCCACCUCCUCCGCCUCCCCCACCUCCACUCCCUGGUGGAUUUGGUGGACCUCCACCACCGCCUCCAUUAUCUGGAAUGAGACUUCCACCACCGCCACCGCCACUACCUUCUGGUCCUGGCAUGGCUCCCCCACCGCCUCCACCCCCUCUGCCAGGUAUGAACAGUGGACCACCACCGCCCCCGCCGCCACCCGCCUUACCUGGCGUUCCACCUCCCCCACCGGGCAUGAUAGUGGCUCAGAGCAGUUAUGCCCUGGGGUGCGCCACACCCGCAAAGGCGAACCGAUGUCCCACUCUGAGGAUGAAAAAGCUCAACUGGCAGAAACUGAGGUCUGUGACUGAUGGUCCCUCCAUGUGGGCUUCAGUUCAGAAAGAGACUUCUCCUCUUGAGCCGGACUAUAGCAGUAUUGAGCAGCUGUUCUGUCUCCCGGUGACCGAGCACAAAGACAAGGGGGCAGCUGCUCCUGUCAAGAAGGAGCCGAAAGAGAUUACUUUCAUUGAUCCCAAGAAAAACCUGAAUGUUAACAUAUUCCUGAAGCAGUUCAAAUGCUCAAACGAGGACUUUGUGGUGAUGAUUCAGAAAGGUGACAGAACCAGGUUUGAUGUGGAGGUGCUAAAACAGCUCCUGAAGCUUCUGCCAGAGAAGCACGAGAUUGAAAACUUGAAGUCCUUCCAAGGAGAAAAGGAAAAGCUGGCAAAUGUCGACCGUUUCUUCACAUUGCUCCUCACUGUCGAAUGUUAUCAGCUGAGGAUUGAGUGCAUGUUAUUGUGCGAGGAGACGACAUCAGUGUUGGACAUGCUCCAGCCGAAGGUCAAGCUGCUGGAGGAGGCCUGUGACUCUCUCAGGACAAGCACGCUCAUUCCUUCUUUCUGCAAGCUCAUCCUCGACGUGGGGAAUUUUCUCAACUAUGGAAGCCAUACAGGAAACGCCGAGGGAUUCAAAAUCAGCUCUCUUCUCAAACUGACGGAGACUAAAGCCAACAAGAGCCGCAUUACACUGCUCCAUCACAUCUUGGAGGAAGCAGAAGAGAACCACCCGGAACUGUUGGCAUUGCCAGAGGACAUUGAAAUCUGCCAAAAGGCUGCAGGAAUGAAUCUGGAUUCUGUCCAAUCCGAAGCCAACAACUUAGUCAAAAGACUAAAUGAGGCAUCAAAGAAAGUCUCCAACUCUGUUGAAGAUGUGAAGCAGCAAUAUGCAAAGCUUCUGGAGGAAAAUCUGGAGGCAUGUCGAGCUUUGACUGAAAGAUUUGCGGACAUUGACAAGAAGAGGAGUGAACUCGCCGUCUACUUUUGUGAAGAUGCCAACAAGCUGUCGCUAGAAGAGCUUUUCGGAACAAUCAAGACUUUCCGGGAACUUUUCAUCAAGGCGCUGAAGGACAAUAAGACCAGGAAAGAGCAGGCAGCCAAAGCUGAGAAGAGAAAGAAGCAGCUGGCAGAGGAAGAGUCCAAGAGACAGAAGGGAGAGAAUGGAAAAAUAAUCAAGAAAGGCUAUGUGCCGCAGGACGACGGCUGCAUAAUCGACCACCUGCUUGCAGACAUCAGGAAGGGUUUCACCCUAAGAAAGACCAGGCCAAGGUGCGAUUCGGAAAGCCUCCCUCGUAGUGAAAAGAGUAGGGAAACCUGCCCACCUGGGUCAAGUGUGAAUUCUGCAGGCGAAAAAUCCGCAGAAGUGGCCGCUUCCGCUUCCGCUCCCAGCACGCUUCCAACAGAAGCUCACCGAGCCAGCACCCGCGAGGUGAACGGCUUCAUCAGCUCACCGGACGAGACUCCUUCGACGCCUCAGGAUGCGGUGCAAGCGGCAGCAUCACCCCAACCAACUCCAGGGGAGUCGGCCUCUAUUGCGCCGGCACCCCCGGAAAGGCCGACAUCGCAACAGGAGGAGCGCACCGCUACAGCGCCCCAAACUAACCUCGAGGUGGAACCCCUGCCAUGUCACGUCACAGAUGGUCUCUCUGUAGAUUCACCUGAAACCAGUGCGCUCAGCCCAUCCUCUCUAUCAGACUGCGACCUGAUAGAGGCCGUGUCGGAUGAAGCUUCGAGCCCGCUACCUGAGAAGUUAACGGCCAAGAAGCCGGCAGACAUUAGUGUGAAUGUUCAACUGGCCGAAAACACUGCCGCUAGUGAAAGGAAUCCAAAGGCAGAAGAGGACGGUCAAACUACGAAUAAGAUUUGUUUACAAGAGACCGAAGGGCAAGUGGCAGGUCUAGAUUUGUGUGCCGUGAAAACAUCUGGGCAGGACGUGGUCGUGAGCUGCACGCACGCAGACCCCGAAUGCGACAAGACUCGUAUGGAGAGCAUCUUGGCGCGCGACGGCCAAGUUGGAGUUGAAUCUGAAGAUGCGCCGUCAGUGUCUGAAGAUAUAACUUCCUCGGCAAACUCCGAACCAAAGAAACAGCCGAGCUUCUUUAAGCGCAACAAAAAGAAGAAUCCAGAUUCCAAAAAAAGGAGAUCAAGAGGAAAAAGAAAAAGUUGAUGUCACCGCAGAUGUGAACUGGCAAGACUCCAGUGUACUGAGAAUUUUAUUUUUGUGAGAUUACAGAAAAUUGUUUCUUAGACCAAGACCUUAUCAACUCAACCCAAACUGUGACUUGCACAGCCUUUUGGAACUAAACGCGUCCCUUUAUGUAAAUUGUAUUUGACUGUAACCUCUUGGAAAAGUUGGACGAUGCUUUAUAUGUUUAGUUUUUGUAACGUAAAAGUGGAUGUGUGUGUGUGUGUGUGUGUGUGUGUGCGUUUAACAUUUUGAGAUGUUAAUAUAAAGAAAAGAUGCAGGAAAUAUUUAAACGUGUAUCGUAUAAAAUCACUUAAGGAUACUGUAUUGUAACUUUUAACGCUUAAUCAGCUUUAAUAAAAGUAUAUUGCC